UAAACGAAAUUGUCAAACUGACAACAUAUGAUUCGGUUCCAAUGUAAUGUGUAAUCGCCGAUUGUAUUAUUGAAAUUGAAUAUUUUCAAGCUUAAAUUUAUCGAAACGCAGACGAAAACAACAAAAUGUUCAUUUAUAGGACACGAUUGUUGGUGCCACAAGUCGCAAAUUACAGGAACUUUGCUCAAUUAAGUCGUAGUGGCAAUAUAUUUCGAGAAAAUGUACAAACAUCUCUAAUUCGGGGCAAAACACCGUUUCGAUUUUUUUCAAAAAAUCGAGCUGGUGACAGGAUAGAACAAGAACUGGCACAACAAAUCAUACGACCUAUGAAAAUUACAUAUUUAGUUCGACCUUUUAUAUUUACCGUUGGUGUAUCAACAGCCUCUAUAGUCGGUGCAACAAUAUGGGAAUAUGAAUUUGUUCGGGCACAAGUGAAAAAGAUGAUGAAUUCAUCGGUUACAUUUUUUCAACAUAAACAGAAAAAUUUUUCAGAUUUGAAAGGAGCCUGGAAUCGUUUCGUUAAUGGCGAAUUAAAAGAAGCAUGGUCACGACUUUCACCGGGAGAUCAAUUUUUUAUUCCGAUUUGUGGACUUAAUCUGCUGGUAUUUGGUUUAUGGCGAAUUCCUAGAUUACAGACAAUGUUAUUAAAGAAUUUUUCCGCAAAUCCAAUUGGUCUGGCUCCUUGUCGGUCGAUGCUGUUAUCCGUAUUUAGUCAUUAUUCGUUUUUCCAUAUUUUUGCGAAUAUGUACGUGCUGAACAGCUUUUGCAAUGGCAUCUGCAUGGCAUUGGGCAGAGAGCAGACAUUAGCAUUAUAUUUAAGUGCUGGCUGUGUUGCCAGUUUCGCUAGUUACUUUCAUAAAGUCUUUGCCGGAGUUGGUGGCGCUUCAUUAGGAGCUUCGGGCGCAAUCUUAGGCAUUUUGGGUUACGUGUGUACUCGAUUCCCUGAUACACAAUUGCAAAUCAUGUUUUUGCCCAUGUUCCAGUUUUCUGCAGAUAGUGCUAUUAAAGUAAUUAUGGCAAUUGAUGUUAUUGGCUGUGUUUUGGGUUGGAGGUAUUUCGACCAUGCAGCUCAUUUGGGUGGUGCAUUAUUUGGAAUAUUUUGGUGUCAUAUCGGUGAAAAGCACAUUUGGCCGCAGCGUAAAUACAUUACUGAAAAAUGGCACAAUUUGCGAUCAGCAUGCGAAUAAAUUUUAUUGUUUUCAAACAAUAUAUUGAACAAAUAAAAAUUGGAGUAUUUUUCCACUAAAAUU